AUGAAGAUCGUCUUUCUGCUUCUGCUCCUCAUCGCCUUGGGGGUCCAUGGAUGGCGCUGUAGCACUCAUGAAGGUAAGUCUCCGUUAAAUUACAAGCAAGCUUAAAAUUCCUUUUUGUCCAUAAGAAGAUGAAAAAAAAUAAUAUUGGAUCUUUCAUUUCAACUUCAAAAUCAGUAAAAUCAGUGCAUCUUCAGCGAAUGAGUGGGUACGUCGUCGACCGAAUCCCACUCCUCCUCUUUCGCGCAGUGCUGUCGAUGAACCUCUAACUGAGAAGGGUUUCCGUAAGUUUAAGCUUCAAAAAAAGUCCAGAAAUCUUAGAAAAAACCAUUAUAAGCUGCCGUGGAGUUCUAAAAGCCUUGGUAAUUAACUAAAAUCUCAUUUUUCCUAGAUAUUUUCCUGAGAAUUCAAAUUUUCCGCCUAAAAUCUUACGAACUUCCUUUUUAUACUCCUUCCCUUCCAUACAACUUUUCAAGCUAGAAAAAAAUUCGAGAAAUCUCAGGAAAACCAUUAUGAUCUGCCGUAGAGUUUUAAAAGCCUUACUGAAUAACUAAAACCUUUUUUCCUUCCAAAAAAUAUUCAAAAUUCCGCCGAAAAGCUAACGGACUUUUUUUUAUACUCCCUUCCCUUUCUAAAAAAAUUUUCAAGCUAGAAAAAAAAUUCAUUAAUUUCAGCCGGCGACGCCAACGAAGGCGAGAUCAACCCAGACUUCAGAGGUGAGCCUUCGAAAUUUCCAAGCCAAAACUUUUAUGAACAUAUUUCCAGGUGACCUGAACAAUCCAUAUGGACCCUACUCGAACUAUGGAGGCCAAUAUGGGAAUUAUUAA